AUGGCAUCCCUUGACCAGCUGCCAGAGGACGUUCUCCUCCUCAUCUUCAACCACCUCAACGUGCAGGAUGUGCUUUGUGUUCGUCGGACAUCCAAGUAUCUUUGCGACUUGUCCUGCUCUCUGUCCCUAUGGCGAAGCAUCUACUCCCAGCUGUCACGUCUCCUUCCCCUCGCCCGAGCACCCUCUUUUAUCUCCUCCGACAUACCCGAUUCCAUGCACACCCUUCGUCGCCAGUACGAGCAGUCUUGCAUCAACGCGGUGCGUCUAGCGCGUAACUGGGGAUCCGACGAGCCGGUGCCGACCGAAUGCUGGCUUAUCAGAGGUGCGCGUUCGGUGGAAAAGAUUCAGCUCCUGGGAGAAGGGCGUUGGAUGCUUGCUCUGGUCAAUGAGCGUCAAGUGGUGUUGUAUGACUUGCUUCCUCGCAAAGAGCGGGUGGGCGGCGCGACAGGUCGGUUCCCUGAGGGACAGAAUCCCAAAAGGAGGGCGAAACAACCGAUGCGAGUAUUCAAGAAAGCACAGAAGUUUUCAGUGUUCACAAGAGCAGGCGGUGUCGGUGAUUUCUGCACGUUUGAGAGCUGGCUACAGGAAGACGAGCUCCGGGUGAUUAUCAGCUGGCGUGGCGAGAGAACCUCGACUGAUUUCCUGCGUGUCUCACUUUCCGAAUCUGGACUCAGUUCCAGUGUUUCUAACUGGGGUAGUCGUAGAGAUUUCGAGGUCUUUCAUUCUGUCAAUGCUCUUUCAACACGACGGAGCCUGGCUAUCUCUCUGAAUGAACGCAUGGCAGUUGUGGACGACUCUAACGGCCUCUUGAGAGUAUUCAAUUGGGAUACGUGUGAAGACAGAGUCAUCUCAACUUGGUGUCCCUCGCCCGCGACUAAUGUGGCGCAAGGGUGGUCCCGCGAGCAGAUACUCUCCCUGCUCCUCCUUCCGAACCAUGUUCUCGUCCUAAAGCCUACAAGUUUGCAGUUGCUUCCCCUUCCCGACAGCUCCCUGGUCACCGGAGGUCCACAUGCUACAGCAUCAAACCUACCACAAGGACGUGCGGGGAACCAGGGCGAGGUGUGGCAUCUUCCGUUCAGAGUCGAUCGGGCAAGAUGGUCCUCCCCCUACAGCUCGCAUGACGGAGGACACAGCAUCAAGAACCUGCAACCCUUGAGUUUGAUGCUGGAGGACGAGGAGAUGGGUUCAAUUCACCAUUUCCGGCUCCGUCUGCGAGAGUCCUUCAUCACCCGCUCAGCUCCCCAUGCUGGAACCCGAGAAACGGGCUCAUCGAUUUCGGCCGAUCCAGCUUCAGCCCAAGCACCCUACCUCUUUCCGCCGGUACUGGAAGACGAGCUCCCAAUGGACCUCGUCCAUUACCAGUACGGCGAGCGGCCCUUCUGCACCGCUCGUUCGGGUGGACUGAAACUCCUGUAUACCGAAGACGGGCUACGGAUGUGGGUUUCCUCGUCGAUUGCUAGUGCUUGGGACUCCAUUUGCUCCCCCGAGUCUGAAGAAGAACAAGUAGAUUCGCACAACCUCAAUCGCUCGUUCAAGGAGCUGCUGUACCACACACCCCUGCGCCGUUCCUAUCCCUCUGAGGGGCUGAGCAUCUGCGAGGUUUCGGGGCGCGUGGCUGUCGGGCAGGGCCGGGGGGAUAUUUGGGUGUUUGGAUUUGGGUUUUCCGAGACUGACACCUAA